UGAGCGCCUCCGGUGUGUGUGCGCCCGUGUGCCCGCCUUCCGUGGGCCCGCCUUCCCGUGUGCGCGCCUGUCGCUGUCAUCACGGAUAUUCCCCCGCUGUCACUCGCUGCUCUCUGCUCCGCACACGCGCUCCCCCUCCCCGCCUGCCCCUCUCCACGGCUCCCGCGUCCCUCCCUCUCCUCCUCGGUGUGUUAUUGACCCGGCUGCCCGCCGUGGGAGACGGCCUCAGGCGUUCCUCCCGCCGGGGCUCUGCGUGCCAGGUCCUGCUGGGGGAUCAGGCUGGUGCCGCUGCGCUCGCUGUCUCCUUUCUCCAGGAAUCCCAGGAGGGGCUCACUGGACAGCUCAGACCACUUGAUUCAGGGCGCUCGCUGGGGUGCGGAAGCGGCCACAGCAGAGCCCCUGAGCUGAUGAGGUUUAUCCCCGACCUGCCCUGCCGGCGGCGGAAGACAGAGCACGGCCGCUCACCCCCCGGGAGACGGCGGAGGGCGAGCAGGGGGCUUCCUCGUGGCAAGAGCCGGGCCCGGGCCUCACCCGCGAGCCGACAGCCGCCCCUGCGCGGGGCCUGGUCUCUGCCUCCUCGGGGGCCAUGGACUGACCGAGCGGACAAGGGGCUCCUCUCCCCCUCGAGGUGCAGGGCCGGACAGCCUGCAGCCACCAUGCUGGCCCCGGGCAGCGGCCCCGAGCUGAGGACCUGGUUUGCCCCGCUGUGGAGGCACAUCUCUUGGCUCACCUGCUGGAUUGCCCUGUGCACGGCGGAGGCCCUCCCCGCCUGCCCCUUGCCCUGCACGUGUGACGGCCACGGCCUGCAGGUGGACUGCAGUGGCCGGGGCCUCACCGCGCUGCCCCCGGACCUGCCGGCCGCCACCCGCACCCUCCUGCUCCUGAACAACAGGCUGAGCUUCCUGCCCGGCGGGGCCUUCGCCAGCCUGUCGGGCCUGCAGCGGCUGGACCUCUCCAACAACUUCCUGGACGGGCUGCCGCGCACCGCCUUCGGGGAGCUGGCCAACCUGACGGAGCUGCAGCUGCGCAAUAACAGCCUCCGCGCCCUGGACCCCGAGCUGCUGCGGCCCCUGCCGCGCCUGCGCCACCUCGACCUGUCACUCAACGGCCUGGCCCGGCUCCCGCCCGGCCUCUUCGACGGGCUCCCCGCCCUGCGCUCCCUGUUCCUGCGCGCCAACCGCCUGCAGAGCCUGGACCGGCGGACCUUCGAGCCCCUGGCCGGCCUGCAGCUGCUGCAGGUGGGGGACAACCCCUGGGAGUGCGACUGCCACCUGCGGGACUUCAAGCACUGGCUGGAGUGGUUCUCCUACCGAGGGGGGCGCCUGGAUCAGCUGACCUGCACCCUGCCCAAGGAGCUCAGGGGGAAGGACAUGCGCGCGGUCCCCAUGGAGAUGUUCAACUACUGCUCCCAGCUGGACGGCCAGCAGAGCUCAGCCGGGCUGGAGGUCCCCGGGCCGCCCUGCACCAAGGCCAGCCCGGAGCCUCCCAAGCCCAAGCCGGGCCCCGAGCCCGAGCCUGAGCCCAGCACCGCCUGCCCCCAGAAGCAGAGGCCGCGGCCCGUGAGCGUGCGGCGGGCCAUCGGCACCGUGAUCAUCGCGGGGGUGGUCUGCGGUGUGGUCUGCGUCAUGAUGGUGGUGGCCGCUGCCUACGGCUGCAUCUACGCCUCCCUCAUGGCCAAGUACCAUCGGGAGCUCAAGAAGCGCCAGCCCCUGAUGGGUGACCCGGAGGGCGAGCACGAAGACCAGAAGCAGAUCUCCUCUGUGGCCUGAGAGCCCGGGGAGGGGCCGGGGGGGCACGCCAGCCCUGCCUCCCCCGCCCCCUUUCCACCUUCCUCCCAGCCUGCCAGCAGACGGGCCCGUGUCUCCACGGACUCCGGAGCGUCCGCAAGAUACCAGUACGCUGACGCUCGUCGCUGGACCACCAACGCUCUGGACCACGGGCAGAAAAGACGUGUGUGCGAGCAAAGGCUCCCGGACCCAGCGCCCCGUGCCCCGGCGGCUCCCGGCACAGUCACAGCCGGUGACGCCCCCACCUCAUCUGCGUCUGGGGGUGCGGGGCCGGUUUCUGCGACUCUCUGCUAAGCCAGGAAGGUGUUGGGCCCCGCUCCCAAUGGCUGGUUCCACUGUGCACUCAGACCAGCCCAGCCAUCUGGACCAGCACUUGGCAACCCAGCACCACGCCCUCGCCAAAGCCAUCUGUCCCUGCAUCACCAGCCACCCAGCUCCGGGUCACUGGUCAUUCUCACGCAAGCUCGGCAUCACACACACAGUCACGUAGGGACAGAGGUCGUGGGACCUCGGGGGGCAGAGCCAGGCGUCCCCCGUGGUCUCAGCCCUCGGGCCACACGACCUCCUGCUUGCUUAUGCAACCUCCUGCAGCGGAUGGGGAGAAACCCAAACCCACGGCACAAGGAUUCCUUCCAGAUCCUCUCAAGAGGCCAAGGUGGUGCUGCCGGAUGAGACUGCCCGUCACCAUGGUAACCCGCUCACACCUCUCCUGCUGGGAUUUCCAGGGACGCCUGCCCAGAGGCCUGGAAGCUGCGGCGUGUGUGGACCGUGGCCUCCCCAGAGCCCGGCCACGCACCACCGGACUCACCCUCAGCGCUGCCGAAGUACGUCCCUGCCAGGCCCCGGGGGGACCCGCACCACUCCCACUCCCACAGCCUGCGGCCCGAGAACCGCUGCUCUGCACCUCUCACUGCCAUGCCCCACCCUCAGCAUCUCCGGGCCCGUGACCUCAGGGCGGGGACUGGCUCAUCCUCUGCGACCCUCCUGCCAGCAUAUACCAAACAGACCCCGGGAGCAGGGAAAGGACCCCCCGGUUCUGCUCAGAGGUCUCAGUAAUGGGGUCCUUUUCCCAGCGUUCUGUCAGCUCAGUCUGGCUUCCCGGAGUCCUCGUGGCACCUGGACUGGGGCCCAAACCGGAGCAAGGGCCCAGGGGCCCAUCUGCUCGUUACCUGUAACCCCCCCAAAGGGACAGAGGCUGGGGGUGGGCGUGGGAGGCGGCAGUGCAGGGUGGGGUCCACCGGCCCCCUUUCCGAGGUCUGCCCUCCGGGGGAGUGCGAUCCCGGUGAGUCCUGGGCCUCCCUCUGCCGGACGUCAGCCUCCCCGCCGCUUACGGAGGGUCAGGUGCCAGCAGGCCGGUUUCUGGCUCUGCGACGGCCAGGAGUCUAGGGAGUGGCCCGGGGGCGGCCGUCAGAACAUGGUUCUGAGGCAGGACAGGGGUGGAGGGGGCCACGUGCAGGCUGCCCACCGUGCUGGCCUGCAGUCUUCCUUCUUUGGGGUGCCAGCCGACACCAGACCUGGGGAUUUUCUAAAGGGAGUCAGGGAAGGCUGGACGUUGUCAGUGGUGGUGUCUUCAGCCUAAGACAGAAGAUUUUUAAAGGCAAAAUUAUAUUUCUG